AGGAUGUGGUUGCUUUCCAAUUCAACAAAUUGACUUCCAAUCAGUGUAAUUAACCGUGGACUUAUUAUGAGCCUCAGUUAACCUGUGAUUUGAAAUUUCAAAACCAAAGAAGAAAAUCAGAAUGGGGAAGACGAAAAGAAUCGAAAGUGAAGACAAAAAAGGACAAUUCAAAAAUCCAUUCAUCGAAGGAGUACGAUGGAUCGAGCGUUAUGCAACUGCGUUGGAUUCAUUCUGGGCCACAUUGCCUGAAUACAUUAGGAAUACCGUUGCUACAGUGGCCAUAUUUUUGAUGGCAUCUUCAAUUAAAGGUGAUUGGCUGGCUAUCGCAGUACAUUUUUUUAAGCACGCUACAGGAGGAAGCCAAGUACUUGAGUCCGCAGACAAGCUACCUCCGUUGAAUCACACCGACUCGAAUGUGAAUGGCUCCCUGGCUAUCGAUAUACUCGAAAACCUGAACCUACGGGGAUUACCUCAUUACCUGAUAACGGCGAUUGUGGGAUCGUUUUUCAUUUACUUCGGAGUAGGUGGGUUUAUUCACUGGUACUACUAUAUCAAUAAACGUGAUCGAGCACGUGAAUGGAAAUGCCAGCCGGAGAAAUUCUUAUCACCCGAACUGGAACUGCACGAGAUUUGUGUGGGAGGAUUUUCGAUGCUGUUGAUGAGCUGUUUGAGUGGAAUACUUUCCUGUUAUGCUAUGAACAAUGGUCGCCUUCUGACCCUUUAUUAUCGCUGGGAUGAGUACGGAUGGUGGUGGUUUUUCGCUCAAAUCGUUAUUAUUUUCGUUUAUCAGGACUACUUGACAUACUGGAUCCAUCGAAUAUACCAUUGGCCAUGGUUGUACAAACAUUUUCAUAAGCUACACCAUACCUACAAACAGCCGACAAUAUUCUCAGUCACUGCUAUCCAUCCGUUUGAAAUUAUGCACGUACAAUUGACCAUGCUGCUUCCGAUUUUCGUUAUACCAACACAUUGGGCCGCGUUCUACUUCAUUGAACUGUACACUUACGUCCAUGGAAUGCUGAACCACAGUGGAGUGGACAUCAAAUCGUUUUGGUGGCAACCCUGGCAACCUGACACCAUGUUUCACGAUAACCAUCAUCAAUACUUUCACGUCAAUUUCGGCUUCAACAUUUACCUUUGGGAUAAGUGGCACGGAACGUACCGGAAGAAAGAUCGUGUGUAUUCAGAGGACAUUUUCUUCGGUAAGGGUAAAGCAUUCGAGGAAGUUUCCAAAGAAGCUUUGCUGAAUGAUCUUAACAACAGAAGAACCGAAAACGUGAAAGCCUAUCGGGAUACUGCGGAAUAUAGUAUCGAUGAGAGGCUUUCGAAACAGUUAUUGGAAUGAUGAACUUAGGCGACGAUUUGAUC